CUUUUGGGACCUGGACAGAAGAUAAAAGGAUGGAUCAGCAGCUUUCAAUUAAAGUACCACAGGAUUAAAAGCAGUAAAAGUCAUUUGUGGAGCAUGUCCAAGUGAACACCUACCCCCUUGAGCUGCAUGUAUUUAAGAGUCUGUGUGCCUGAUCCAGCUCCCUGUUUAACGCUGGAUUUGAGCUGCACUAUCUUCAACUUUAUCCACAAACAAUUUGGAAUCAACAUGGACACAGCUGGAAAGGUCAUAAAAUGUAAGGCAGCUGUCGCCUGGGAGCCCAACACACCUUUGGUCAUGGAAGAAAUUGAGGUGGCUCCACCACAGGCCAAUGAGGUUCGUGUUAAGAUUGUGGCCACUGCAGUGUGCCACUCAGACCUGUACCACCUGUAUGAAGGAAUGCACAAAGAUGGCUUCCCUGUGGUGCUUGGACAUGAGGCCGCUGGAAUAGUGGAGAGUGUGGGAUCUGGAGUCACUGAAUUCAAACCUGGUGACAAGGUGAUCCCCCUGUUCCUCGCACAGUGCCGCAAUUGUUUGUUCUGCAAGAGUCCAAAGACAAAUCACUGCGUUAAAAGCUGGAGUGAAGUCCGCCAAGAUACUAUGACUGCUUCAGACUCGAGGCUCAGCUGUAAAGGGAAAAAAGUCCUGCAGUUUUUAGGUGUUAGUACUUUUUCAGAGUACUCUGUGAUCAAGGAAAUUAAUUUGGCCAAGAUACACCCUGACGCUCCCCUGGAAAAAGUGUGUCUCAUUGGCUGUGGGAUUAGCACUGGAUACGGAUCAGCUGUGAACAUAGCUAAGGUGGAGGAGGGCUCCACUUGUGCUGUGUUUGGUCUGGGAGCUGUGGGUCUCGCUGCAGUUAUGGGCUGUAAGGCGGCAGGAGCCAAGAGGAUUUUUGCUGUGGACACAAACCCUGAGAAGUUUGAGAAAGCCAAGAUUAUUGGAGCCACUGACUUUGUGAACCCCAAAGACCACAGCAAACCCAUCCACGAGGUUCUGCAGGAGAUGACAGAUGGAGGAGUGGACUUCUCCCUGGAGUGUGUGGGGAGUGGAUCAGUCGUGGAAAGUGCUCUUCACUCCACAGUUCCAGCUUGGGGGGUGAGUGUGAUUGUGGGCUAUAAUCUGAUUCAGACGUUCACAGCUCGACCUGGUGACCUUAUUACUGGGCGCACAUGGAAGGGGGCGCUAUUUGGAGGAUUUAAGAGUAAGGAUGGGGCGGUGGAGAUGGUCAAACGCUACAUGGAAAAGAAGCUGAUGCUGGAUGAGUUUAUUACACACAACAUGGACCUGAAUAAUGUCAUGGAAGCUGUUGAACUCAUGAAGAAGUCAAAAUGCAUCCGAGUCGUCAUGAAGCCCUCUCCAUAGUAGAUGCAUACUGAAUCCUGUUUAAAACAUUUAAAACACCUUAACUAGACCCACAGCCACAUUUCCAGGGGAAAAGUAAAACCAUAGCUGAUAAUUAUCCUAGUUUGCCGUACAGAAUGCUGUGUUAAGUUGCUAAAAAGUUGAUUGUUUCUCCUUUAAGUAAACCAUCUGCAAAUUUGCUCUUCCUUCCAGUAUUUACCAUGAAAUUCUGAUGUGCAUUAGUAUGGGUAAAUCUGGUUUAAGAAGAAUGAGGGCUAAUGUUUGCUGUGCACAGUUGAAAUGAGUUCCUCCCUUUUCCAUGAACUGAAAUAAAAAUAUUUUU